AUGCCGGAGCGCGAGGGGCCGGGCAGGGGGAAGCACGCCCUGCCCUCGGCCAACGUGGGUCUGCCCGGCCACCUCAUCCCGUGCCACCGCCCGUGGCCUGCCUACACCACGCACACGGCUCCCAUCGUCAAGAUGCUCAUUGAGCAGGAUGAGCAGAGAAAGGCUGUGUCCACCCGCCCGGCAGAGCCAGAGCCAAACCAAGAGCCUCAAGAGGCUGGUUCUGAGGAGGAAACCCCAGUGCUGUUGGAGCUGAGCAGUG